CCACUAGACAAACGAAACAUCAUAUGCUGUUAAAGAUCUUGAACCGAAUACUGGUUAUAAAUUCCGAGUAAUCGCAAUGCAACUGAAUAAAUCUUCACCAUAUAGCAACUGGAGUAAUGUUUUUAAUACAACAAGUAAGUGAAAAACUGACACUCUUUUAAGUCAGGAUUAUCCAAUGGCAAAUAGAAAUAAAAAGAAAGGGAUAGUCUAGGACCUGUAUAGAUGUUUGUGUUCGUUUCAUUUAGGACAGUUAAUCUCAACUGUUUUAGGGUAAAAUGACCAUGACGGUCAACAUGGCAUAUGUGCUAAAACUUGAAUCCAGGAUGAAAGUCCUGAAAAUGAUCCCGCCCUGAAACAGCAGUGUCGACAUAGCUCCAACUUCCGAAAACAAAAAGCAACAGCCUUUCUGAAGUGCUUAUAGUGUUCAAAAGGGUUGCUUUUAGGGGUGGUUAAUGGAGGGGGAAAUUUGUCUAAGUAUAACAUGUUACCAGAAAAUGACCAUGCACCACAGCAGAUAAAUUGCCAAUUAUGCCUGGCAGAAAUUAAAUGUUCUUAUUUCAUAAACAAAAUUAUCAUAGGAUGAAAAACAAUGCUUAAUUCAAUAUAAUUAUUGUGGAUAUCAUAAGGAUUGUCAUUGUUUUCUUUUACUCCGGGCUGUAAGGGUAUCAAAUGGACUGUUUGGUUCAGAUUCUUCCAAAAGGACCAAAUUUGCCCCAGAUGUUGUACAUACCAUACUCUUUCGAUUUUUUUUAUGGGCGCCGAGGUCGACACCCCUCCCCCCCCGGGACCGUCUUAUUGGCCAAAUCGAAUAUGGCCGCCUCCGGGGUUAAUGGUCAAUCAUAGUCAUUAACCAAAAAGGCAAGAAUGGUGAUAAAUACCACUUUUUAAGGAGUUUCUGGAUCAGACAAUCUCAUUUUUGAUAUUAUGGCAACGGUUUUUGGUCAAGAUCAACACGAAAAGGUAAUUUUUUAUGUUUCUGAAUUAAAUUUUAGCCGUAUAUUCUCAACUUUUCUUGUGUUUUUUUACAAAUGUUCUGUUUUUACAAGUGUUUUAGAAGUGUUUUAACUUAAACAAUUUUACAUGUAACUAGAGGCCUUAAACAACACGCUUUAUGGUUUCCAUUAGUCUCCUAUGCUUUUUAUGAAUAAUGAUUUAUUGAUUUUUAAUAUAACCUUAAAAAACAGCUGUAGAAGUAUAUUUUCCUGUGCCUUCAUAAUAUCGAAUACUAACUGAAUACAGUGUUUUGCGAAAGGAAAAAAAACAAAAAUUGUUUACUGCAUGUAUUUUGCAGAAAUAUUCUCAAACCCACCAAACCACCUUAAUUGACUAAAUCUUAAUCCUGAAACCUACCAAUUUGAAAAACAAAAUUUGAUUCAGAAAAAAAAUAUGUCAAAAGGAAAUGGAAAACGUGUUACCCCCUAGGAUUGCAAACGCACAUUUCAACAUUCCCCAACUGCUUAAUAAAUUCUUAAUUUCGGGACCACAUCUGAACGCUUAGAGGACUGAGCUAACGAAUCAUCGCUGGCUCCCAGUACAGUACGCGACAUGGUUGAGCUACCCAAGAAUCACCCAGACGUAUAUGCUGAAUUCAUGAAGGGAAACUUUGUGGCACGAAAGUCUGCUAAAAAAUUCAGCCUGAUCGCCCAAGAUCAAGCCCACGAACAGUCCAAGAAAAGCCUACAGGCACAUGGUGGAGCUGUUGCACUCUUAUGAGAAUGCAGAGGCCCUUGCAAUGUUCAUAUUGACCGGGCCUGAUUGUGCGCGGAUAGUUGAAGAGUUUGAAGCCGUCUACAACCCACCACCUUCAUCCACCGCUCAUCACGAGGAAGGGUACAGCAUGCAAGUCAAGUUUCGCAAGGAUGUGCUAUCGUUUGUCGAUAUGGUAGUGCACAUUGGAAACACUUUUAUUGCCACACGUCAGGAGCUUGUGGCACUCGAUACACAGAAUGUGAUAGAACAGGUGGUUGUUACUUCUCUAUCUCAAAUUCAUGGAAUGGGCCAAACCCUUCACACAGCAUAUGUCAUGGAAAAGCUCGAAAAGGCUUCAGUACCGAUAUCCGAUACUAUCAAUCGGAACAACAUGUUCACCUUCGCCAACCGACUUGACCAGAACAUGACUUUGAUAACAAAACUUGCGUAGUUUUAUCGUAAAUCAUAAAAAUACAAUAAAUACCAUACAUUUAGUUAGGUUGCGCGGUGGUGGCGAACAAACGUUUCGCGAAAAUAUUCCCCCCCCCCCGUCAUGUGUCCACGAGAAGUUUUCGCAAAGAUUGCGCGUGACUUUCAAAUGAUUUGUUUUUUAUUUUGAACUUAAAUGGUAUACUGGCGGUUUUCCCCUUCCAAGUGCAACUUAAGUUGUCAAGUUUUCGAUUGAGACUAUUCUACAAUGAAGAACUCUUGGAUACUGUAAUCUAAAUUCAUAUGAAAACGAAGAAGUGGCAAUUAUCGAGCAGAGAAGCGGAGAGCCAUUAAAAUGACGGCAAUUUGACGAAAUAUCGAAGGACACAAUAUCGGAGAUAAAAUAUUCUGCACUGUUUCACAACUUUAUGAAACUUGGCUGAAAUCUUCUUUAGCCAUUUAUCAAUAUGUAAAAGUACAACAACUUGAUGAUAUUUGCGAGACUCGGCGAUAAAAAGCAAACAAGGCGGCAAAAUAUAGCUUAAAAUCGUGUUUUCGUGAAGGGUGAGUGAAAUAAAAUGUAUUAUAUUUAUUUAAAGAAAACAAUGACAAUUCUUAUGAAAUCCACAAUAAUUAUAUUAAAUUAAGCAUUGUUUUUCGUCCAUUAUAUUUUUUUUAGGAAAUAACAACAUUUAAUUUCUGUACGCAUAUUAUUUAUUUUAAGAAUAAUUAGCAACUUACCUGGGGUGGUGCAUGGUCAUUUUCUGGUAAAAUAUUAUACUUAGACAAAUUUUUUCUUCCAUUAACCACCCAACAAAGCGACCAUUGUAAACACUAUGAACACUUCAGAAAGGCUGUUUUCGGAAGUUAGAGCUAUGUCAACACUACCGUUUCAGGGCGGGGUCAAGAUCAUUUUGUGGACUUUCUUCCCGGAUUCAGGUUUUGGCACAUAUGCCAUGUUGACCGCCAUGGUCAUUUUAAUUUACCCUAAAACAGUUGAGAUUACCUGUGCUAAGUUAAACGCGUUCAAACAUCUAUAUAGGUCCUACCCUAGACGGAAAAAUGGAAAAAGGCACAGUAUAUAUUAGAUUUAUCAAAAGGUAUUUUGACGCUAAACAAUCGAUUUUAUCAGACCCAACAAACGGAGUGUGCCAAGUAAGAAGUGCUUCUUACAGCCAUAUAUCCAUUUCCUUUGUUAUGCUUUAGCUAGUCAUGCUCUAUAGGUAGUCAUAAAUCGCGAGUUAUCAGGCAGAUGCGUUCGUCACUACGAUUGGCCAUUCUAUGUGUUAGUAUGCAUGCGCAAUGAUAAAAAUGCUAACAAGUUACGAAUUAUAGUUGUUGGAAUUAAAUUUUAGAAACGUGCAAAAAACUUCCGUGUGGUGUAAAAAAUAUUCGCUUGGAAUUGAGAACGCAGAAACCUUAUCAAAAGGAAGAGGAAUUGAAAUCCAAAUUACAUUGGAAGCCUGCACUACGUACGUAUCAUAAAUGUGUUUUUGUUACAUAGAACUGUAUUUCGCACAAGGACUAUGGGGUCAACUUUUGGAUUUUUUUUAAAACGAUCAAAUAUAAAAAAUGGCGGCAUAUUGCACCGCUCUCCUAUUUUUUAAAACGUAAAUUAAAGACGAAGUAUUAGAAAUUAGCCAAAACCGGACGCAGGCUGCCGUUGUGUGUCGCCAUAGAAAACGAUUAUUUUAAAAUGUUAAAACUUUUUGAAUAUAUUUGUACAAAAUGGCAAAGCACAUAUACAAAGUACUGUACUUUAAACUAUACAACAAUCAAUUUGCUAAAUAUACACUGUGGGUAUGUUAUUUUGCAUUUUGUGGGCUUUGAUGCUUUGAUUUUAUGUAAAAUUUAAUCAGAAACACUGCGCAAAAUGUUUUGAACUGCGUUCAUGGGAAACUGAAUUUCAUUUUUUUUUUCACAAACUGUGUUAAUUAAGAUAAUCUCAAACGGACUUGGGCAGUUUAGUUAUAAUGAAGAUAACAUGAAAGCUAAAGUUGAGAGGGAUACAACUGCCUGACAAAUACAAGUUGAAAUUUAAAGUUGCAAGCGAAGGCUCCUGGGUGAUUUUUCAAAAAAAUUGAAUUAGCGUCAAAUGAAUAUUAGAUUAGCGUCAGAUUAAGGGUUAGGGUUGGGGUUGGGGUUGGGGUUGGGGUUGUGGUUAGUGUUAGGGGCUACGGCUCAACAUUUGUUGGGAAAUUAUUGUAUUGGUAAGUUCGGACGUGUUUAACAAUUUACUCAUAUAGUAAAUUCAAAGGUGGAGCUCAUGCUGGAAAUUUUGUACGGUAAUUACAAACUCAAGGAAUCAAUAUAUAACAAAAAAUUCAUAUCACGAGCUGUUUUACGAAAUUGGCAGCAAUUUCAAUUCUGUUCAUUUUUUUAUACACCCUGCAUGUACUUCAAAUUUUUCAGGUAGUUGUAUAUCUCUCAUUCCGUACCUUUUUUAUGUGAAGAUAAAAUUGUCUCAUUCUUCACCAUUCAGAAUUGAGUGCUUUUUAUAUUUGUAUAGUAGAAAUGGUAAUUUAACAUUUUAUCCUGGAGAUGCUUUACAUUUUCGAGAUGUACGAAAAUUUGCAGGCUGUGCAAAGGCUAGAACAGUUGCCAAUAUCAAUUACAUUUACUCAACCACAUUGCGAUUUUCCAAUUCGUGUGGAAAGUUUGACGCUCAGUGUCCCUUUUCUCAAGCUGAAAUCGUAUCGUUCCCUCAUUUUGUUGUCUUCCACCAUAAGCCUGCCAAACCUUACUGGAAUAUUCGGUAUAUAUUGCCCCAACGAUGAAUUUAAAUUCUGCCGGUAAUAGCGUAAUUAUAUCGUUAAUAUCAAUUCUGUUUCGCAGUCUCCGAAACAGACAAGACGCAGCUGAAAUAUAUUACUCAAGAACUUUCUAGUCUGACCAGGAAUGCUAAUUGCUAUCCAGGAGAAUACCCGACGGCACAAGGGAAUACGGUAAGUGCGUGCUGUUUACUUCCUUCCUGAAUAAAAUCACUAUGAGGUUGUUAGGGCGGUUAUUUCACAGAGAGUUUUUUAGCACAAUAAUUCAACUGCAGUGAUCCAGAAAUCCGGAGUCGAUAUAGCACUAUUGAAUUGAAUCAGCCAUUUUUCAAACCAGAAUGUAGAUAAUAGACCCAUUUCAGUUAACGUAACAAUGUCCUCGAACGUCACACAAAGUCCACGCAUAAUAUAAUGUCACCAUAUUACUUUAUUACAUGCAAAUUUUCCCACGGUUCAGCUGGUGCAAUCGGUCCAUACAAAAAUAUAUCCAAAUGUGACAUAUCUUCAAACUAUUUGACUGCUGUAUGAUUCAUUUCCCAGCGAUAACCAGAAUCUGGGAACACAUUAUUUUUCCCGAGCCAACGGCGCAAAGCGCUGUUCUGUGCGCACUCCUGGGCCCUUUGAGGGUACUAAUUGCGCUCGAACAUAGCGAUGCAAAGUCAUCCUCUUUUAUGACAUGGACGAUAUAUCUUGCUGCAUCGAUGUAUCUUGCUGUAAACAGUUUAUUUUUGCUAAUUUGAAUUUUGCGGAAAUUAAAUUUACAAAGUCGAAAACUUUUUUUCGAUUUGAAUUCAAAAAUUUUUGAAGCCGUUCUUAAUUCAAUAAGAUGUUUAUGUUCAAGCUUGUGCCUGAAAAGAAAAUAUAUUUUGCCGUAUUUUGAAGCAAACUAUUUGUCGACAAAACAAAUGUAUGCGUUUCUCCAACAUCACUGUAAAGCCUCCAAACGUUAUACCUUAUUAGUUUGCAUUAAGUCGAAGUCUAUUAAUUUGAAAGAUCAAAUAACAUGAAACUAUAUUCUAGGUUUCGAAAAUCAAUUAUUUCAAUAUUUUCGUAUAACGUUCUUUGCAUGUUGCCACGGCAACAACUAUUGUUUUAUUCAUGAUAUGCUUCGCGUGGAAUUCAUCAAAGUUCAUCAGCUUUGUUGGGAAAUGUGAGGGAGUUGCUGCAUGCAAGUAGUUCUAGUAUACAACAGUGAAGUUCAGAUUUUAUUUCCACUAUCUUGCGCUACCGCUACCAUUACAGGUCGUUUGCCGAUUAGAUGCGUUUGAUAUAUUCGAUUGUAUAACCAAUCAGAUGAGUGCGAAGCCAGUGAGAGUAACGGUAGCGAAAGUGGAAGUCAAAUCUGAGCCUCUAUAUUAUGUCAGAAUCACCAUAGUAGAUUUUUAAUAGUCACACCAAUGAGGAAUUUAUUUGCUUUAUUUAUGAAUUAAAAAUUAUGAAGAAUCAGUGGUAGUGCAUCCGCUAAUCGUUCACCGUAAUGAUAUUGCAUCACUGUUAGAUAAUUAUUCGAAAUACAUGCUCAUUUAGCAAUCCCUCAACCUAUUUUUGGCAUAUCAGAAAAUCUAAAACUCCAAAUCGUUGCUCUGAUAUCAUAAGUAUUUCAUUAUUGAAAACAUUGUGCCUCGGAAGCAUGUUUCCUCAGUAACACGAAAAGAAAUGCUAAUAAAUUUUAUUAUUUCCAUGCUAUAAAUAUCAAAUAUAGUGCAAAAUAAAAUGACUGUAAGUGCUUUAAAUACAGAAUCACCCAUUUUCGGAAUGCACGCAUAAUAUGACAAGUAUUUUUAUGAUGUUUGUCAUGUUACUCUGAGUGUAUAUCCACACCGGGCGAGCUUGAAAAAUAUGCUCGACCACGGUGGGAAUCGAACCUACGACCUUUGGAAUACUAGCCCAUUACUAGCCCAAAUCGAACCUAAAACAUUUGGAAUUUUAGCCCGACCUUUGGAAUACUAGCCUUUGGAAUACAAGUAUUGCAAAGGUCGUAGGUUCGAUUCCCACAGUGGCCGGGCAUAUCUUUCAAGCUCGCCCGGUGUGGAUAUACACUCAGAGUAACAUAAAAAUACAUCAUAUUAUUCUCAUGAGUACACAACACCAAGACCAACACAGAAAAAAAUCAUAUUACUAGAUUACAUUGGUAUGAAGGAACUAGAUUCUGUUCCGAAAUAUCACUUGCUCGAACCGUCCUGACCGCGUAGCUCAGUUGGCAGAGCAUUGGGCUACUAUUCCAAAUUUUCAAGCUCGCCCGGUGUGGAUAAACACUCAGAGUAACAUCACAAACAUCAUAUUAUUCACCUGAGUACACAACACCAACACAGAAAAAAAAGUAUUUUCAUGUUGGAUGUGUCCAACAUCCAUGAUCCAUGUUCAAUAAUGAUUGAAGAAGUCUAGAUCCUCUGAGGUUUAAUUAAACAUGAUUCUCAUAUAAAGUUGCUGUCUAUUAAACGUCCAAAGCUAGUCCAUGACUUAACGGAGGAUGGUUUUGCGAUGUUCUCAUAUAUACCAUGGUAAAACUGUGCAUGACCAAUUAAAUACCUCGUGUUGAGUCUGCGUAUUAAGGAGGUCACAGCAAGUUCGAAUUUGGUACGUGUGCCUAUUAGUUAUCCUUUUCGUGUUAGUAAAUACAGUAGUAUUCGUGGUUGUAUAUAUAAAUCAUCACACUUUUGAAUGCGCAUGAUUGUGAUUGGGUUUAGAAUGUAUUCGCUAAAUUGGUUUUCAAGGAAAACUAAGGCUUUCUGAAUUAAAAAGAAAUUAAAGCGUUUUUCUCUUAGGUUAUAACAUCUAACAGCUCUGAUGAAAAUCAAAAGUUAAACGUUUAUUACAAUUGUUGGUACGAAUUAAAGGUAUGUUCAUUUACGAUAAGCUGGGCUUAAUUUUCCGUCUUUCUCCACUCGUUUGUACUUCACUCGUUUGUACUUCAUUUUACGUCAUCAUUGAAUAUUGGCAACGGAUAAAAGAAGCAACAACUCGAUCACUCUUUGAAAAUAAGAAAAUAAAUCAUAUAGCCCACCUGCGAAUCAUGGUUUUACAAUGAAAGGCGUUAUUUUAUCCGAAUUCUAGAAUGUUAAUUUGAAUUUUAUAGAUGGCAGCAGUGGAUGAUCUCUAUUCACCAACAAAAGUUGCAGGAGAAAGAACCAGGAUAUUCCGCGUACCAAGUAAGUUUAAACUUGACUUUCAAUUGGCGUAAAUAAUGUAUGUCGCCAACGCCUGAUCAAAAUAAUCCAAUUUCUCCCGAGGAAUGUAUCAUUUAAAGGUACGGAUUUUGGGGAUUUCAAAGAUUGUGUGAAAUUCUAUUUUUUGGCGAUUUGUUUUGUACAGAUUCUUAGGGAUUGCUAGGAAUUAUCGAGGGAUUUCAUGGGGAUUUUUGGAAAUUUUGAUUGUCAGGAAUUUAAGGAGGAUUAUUUUUUUAUAAUAUUUUGCAGUGAUCAGCAUCGAUCAACAGUAUUUCGCUCACGGGUGAGCACAGGAUACAAACUAUAUAGAAAUCAUAUUCAAACAAACUAACCCGAAUGCAGUAAUUUGUUGACGAAAAUGGGUAUACGGGCCGAAAUGACUUUCACUAAAGACAAAAGGUUCAGAACAGAUUUCUUAUCACUCUAUCAGUUUUCAUCUUCUUCCUGAAAUUCCAAUCAAAUGGUUUUCUUUCGUACUAAAUGUUUGGUGUUUCUUGAUAAUAAUACGUUUGCUUUAUCGGCGGAAAGAGGCGAUAAAAUCUCCCUUUUCAAACCGAGCGCGAUGUUAACAACUGUACUUAUAAUGAUGUGGGAAAACCCGUACGACGUGACAAAUACGAUUUUUGAUUCAAUUCAAAUUUCAUUCAUGAUAUCUCCUUGAUAAAGAGCUUGAACUUUUGUAAACGUCGAAACAAUCAUAAGCAUACGCAUUAUGUGAAAAUUCUCUCUUUUGACAAGUAAGUAAGUAAGUAAGUAAAAACUUUAUUUGUCUACGCUAACCCCUACAGCAAGAGCUGAUUUCCAAGAGGGGCGUAGGUUUAAAAAUACAAACAUUACACUCAAUUAGGAUAAAUAUAUAUAUACAAGACUAUACGAUACAAUUAUACAAUUAUAAUUACUCUACUAUGGUCAAAUAAAUAAAAUUUCAUAAACUCAUUAUCUAACUGGCCAGGUGCCGCACACCCAAGUUAAAUUGACUAAGAGAACAUUUAUUUCUUAGUCUAUCUGGGAGGCCAUUCCACAAUUUUGCUCCUCUAUAACUAAGACCUUUUUUAAGAUAUUCGGUCUUAGAUUUGGGCAGAUAGAGAUUUGUGGCAUAACCUCGUAAGUUAUAAUGUUGAGACGAAGGCGUCUUUUGAAACAUAUCAAUUAGUUGUUUGGACGCGAGAUCGUGGGUUAUUUUGUACAUGAGACUUGCUACAAAUUGAGUUCUGCGUUCUUUCAAUGUUUUCCAGUUUAGUUCAUUUAAAGCAAGUUCAGAUUGGCCGUGUUUGUUUUUACGACCCGUAAUUACUCUAGCAGCCCUAUUUUGUAAUUUUUGGAGGCGGUCAGAGAGUGUGAUACCAAUAGUAUCCCAAACUUCGCAGCAGUAGUCGAAGUGGGGCAAUAUAAGUGCGUUAUAAGCACAUAUUAAUGUAUUAUGGUCCACACAGGGUUUGAGUCUUCUGAUCGCUCCAAUUCCGGAUUAAACCUUCUUAGCAAUUUUGUCAAUAUGCUUAUUCCAUGACAAAAAUUCAUCAAUACAUAACAUAAUUUUCGACAGCAUAAUUUUCGCUAAAUUCAAUUUUUGUUCCGUGCUAAUAGUGAUAUUUUUACAUUGAACUAAAAAUAACUGGAACGAUACCUCCAAUAGGAUUGGCUUAUGUUUGGAUGCAUGAAGCAAAAUUUUACCUCCAGCCGCGCGUGUUCUACCUCCAGACAUGCGCAUUUGUGUUGCGAGACAAUCUAGCGAGACCAUUUCGGCGAAGUUUAAUGUGUUUUUUUCGGGCGAUUGGAUCGAAAAUUGUCGUUUAUUUAGGGUUUCAAGCAAUAUUUUUGUGUUGAAAGUGUAUUUAAAACAUAUCUUGAACGCUACCGACUAAAAUUGCAAGGAAGAAGGUAACCGAUUGGAGACAACAAGUGCAUAUUUGAAUGACUGGAACGUUAAUAGAUGAAAUUUGAGACAGAUAAGUAAUUCUUUAUUUUAACGUAUUAAACAUAUAUAUAACAACUUCAUUGACUGUUAAACAAGAUAAGUUUAUUUAGUCUGUACCUAUCACUUUGUUGCCUUGGUUGACCACCUUUUCUGUGUAUUUCUUGCCGAAUGUGAUUAAUUGCAACAUGAAAUACGUAUCCGCGAAAAAAACUUUAAUGUUUAUUUUUCUUAUUUUGUACUUUUAAAACUUAAUAAAUGCUCUACUACAAAACACAAUUAAACUGUGGAUAGUAGUUUGAUUUUGUUAGAAUACCUUUUUUCCUAACUUUCAGACGAAUAAAUUGGAAAACGAAUCAGCAAAUUAGGGAAUUUCACACAAAUACUUAUGAUUAGACCACGGCAAGCUCCACUCCUCGCUCAACGUUUUUUUCUCAAAAAAGAAAAUUUAUUUACGAAUUCUGCACAAAUAAAUUAAAAAUAUUUUACUCUAGAGUUUUGAAGGAUGUUUUUAUUGUAAAAAAUGCCCUGGUAGGUGCAUUUUACGUCGUUUUAAACGAUGUUUCAGUGCAUUUUUUUUUACCCACUUUGGAAAAUUAAAAAAGCACGCGUUUUUCCGUUGUGUGAAAAGACUGGGCAUGAAAACAGUGGGCAUGCCUGGGCAUGGCUUCACAUUUCCGGUUGGAGGUACCGUUCCAGAUAUUUUUAGUUCAACGUAUUUUUAUGACAUCCAUUCUUUUUUUUCUUUCAAACUAGAAAAGCUAGAAAAACAGCCACAAUAAGUAGGCAUAUCAACAUAUACAUAGGCCUACACCAGUUUGUUCAAUUAUCGGCCAAAACCAGCUCGCCCCGGGUUACCUUUGGAUCGAAAGAUAAUGAGUGCGCGCUCGUUGCGCGGCAUAUAUAUAUAUAUAUAUAUAUAUAUAUAUAUAUAUAUAUAUAAUUGUUGUCUUUCUACUUAAAAUUAAUUAAGUCGCAACUCUGAGUUUCACGUUUUUACGAUCUUCAGGCGACGAUGUAUGUUCAACUAACUUUUCCUGCUUGAUGACGUUGAUAUCCGUUGUGCUGCUUGCGUGACUGAGUUUGCGUGCGUGAUUGAGCUUGCGCACGUUCAAACUUUUCGGCCAAGAAUCGUUUUUGGUGGACGCACUUCGAGAACAACUCGCGUCUUCUAUUUAGCAAGUUUGACUUAUCCGCUUUUAAAAUGCAAAGUUUCUCUUGGAGGCAAAGGUUACAUCUCUUUCCACCGCUGGAAUACGAGGCUGCUCGUUUUAGGAUAGACCAAUUAAUCGUGAAGUCCUGCUGCUUUUCUUUUAAGUUCCACACGUAUUUUGAGAGCUCCGUAUUGUUCCUGUAUAUAACAUUAUUGAAAGAUUUAUUGUGGUUAUAUAACCGUGUCUUAAAGGUGUUUCCCGUCAUGCCAAUGUAUUCUUUAGGUUCCGAAUUGUUGGUUACCACCUCUGCUUUAUAAACUAUGCAGUCUAAUAGGCAUUUCUUUUGAAGAGGGCAUUCGUUGCUAUUAUUACAAUUGCAUGUGGCGCUGUAUGUUGAUGAUGAUGUUUGGGUUGUCGAUUUUGGUCUUGAUAGUAUUCUAGUGUUAUGCUUAGAAAUUAUACUCUUGCAAUUAUCCAUGCAGCUGUAACUGACUUUCACCGAGUUACGAUUAAAUAUCUUAUGAAGGCAAUUGGAGGGUGGGAAAUGUUUGUCAAUUAAACUGAGGAAGAUCUUGCCCACGUUUGUUCUUACGUUCUUGCUGAACGGUGGAUUGAACCAAAUUAUGUUUCGUUGUCUUCGUUUAUUACCACUGCCGUUGUUGCUUGGGGUAUAAUGCAAGUUCGCAUGAUAGUUGCUGUGGUUCAAUGCCCUUUCAUACAUGGGUGCAGCGGCUGAAAAGGCAUUCUGGUCGGAUGAUAAUUGCGAAAUACGUUUGUUCACUGAUAGCGGGAUUUGCUUUAUGAUUGAUGGUGGAUAAUUCGAAUGACUGUUGAUGAAAAGGGGGUCAUUAUUAGGUUUCCGGUAAGGCUUGUAACUCUGCUAUACUUAUAUAUAUGUAUAUAUAUAUAUAUAUAUAUAUAUAUGUAUAUAGUAAUUAUGACGUUAUGUUUAACACGUCUUAGAUAAUUGUAAAUAAAUAACAUACGCCAAAACUAUUCAAGGUCUUGCAUGCUGUUUGUUGGACGUAAGCGUACGCGGGAAGAAAAAAAUAUGGAGUGGGUGCGGCGGAAAGAAAUUUGCCCGACUUUUUGCCAUUGUGCCUGACCAAUUGUCCAAAUUCGUCUUCGUAUUUCAAUUAUUGCAUUUUAAUUAAUUAAUUUUCCGACACACAAUGUGUUAUAGUUUGAAAGUUCUAUCGCUGAAUCUAGUCUAGUCUCAUAGUUUAUAGUUUCAGUGCAUGAAGCCAAUUUUGAGCAUAUAACAACAACAAAUUUAAAUUUGAAAACUCAUUUACCUGCUACCGGUAUUAGGAUCUGACAAGAAAGGAAUAUAGUUCCAGAAAAACUGUUAUUCAUUUUUCCUUUUUGUUUUUUGGUUUCAUACUGCUGUAUCAACCUAUGGCUAAUCGUUUGGUCGUGUCAUUUCCUUAUCUAUAUAUACCUGCUAUUGGACAAUCAAGAUCUUAGUAACUGGCAUAGUGCGUAAAAAGUAAAAAUAGUAAUUAUAUGCCAUGUUUCCUAAUCUAAUUUCAGAAUGUAUACUCAUCAGUGGUGAUGAAAUUUGUGGAUGCCCUUCAUGUAAGUAUAAAAUGUUUGAUAUAUUUUAUUGAAAUUAUAUAUUAUGUGUUCUUCGCUUAUAAUUAAUAUUUAGGAUAACACAGUGCCAUGCAGUACUAUUCAGUGAUUAUUUCAUGUAUUAUCUGCCAAUUUUUUGCAUGUUCGUAAUUUAUUGUUUUUCUUCAUGUAACAGUCAGCGCCGUAGCAAACUCGAUAAUUGGGGGAUGCGGUCGAUCUUCAUAUAUUCGUGUUCACAGACCAUAAAACAAUCGAUUUCUAAAGAAAUUAACGCAGAACACGAAUAUAUGAAUAUCUACCCCUGCCCCCCCCCCAAUUAUCGAGCUUGCUACGGCACUGGUAACAGUUCAUACCAUUCAUCAACUCGUUAAGCCGCAUAUCCACUUGCAAUUAAAAUUUCGCUGUCAAAAUUUUUAUCUCAAUUGUUCUCAAUUGUGAGCGGUCAAUUUGGACACAAUUCAAAAGAAAUCAAGGUCACAUGUAUAAAUAUUUAAUUCCAUGCUACGGUAGAUAAGAUCUGAAACAUUCAAAAAAUGUACGAUCCUUCUCCUUCGAUGUUCCCAACUAAUACAAUUUGUAUAUUUAAAAUGAGCGAGAAAUACGAAUACAAAUCGUAAAACAAAUACAAAUCGACGUCUAUUCCGUACUGUGCUUCCUGGCGCUAUUUGAUUAGGGGAAGCAGAUCCAUGCUGCAUAACUUACAGUCAGUGUAUGUCGGAUGAAGCCUCAAAUGUAUCUUUCCACCAACAAAAUCCAAGCAUAAUUAAAAUUACAAAUAUUUCAAACUUUAAAAUAAUUAUAAAAAAAUUAGUCAUGCUAUACAUACAAGGGGCAAAAUAGUUCAUCCUGACAAUUUUUUCCUAUUAUUCGAAUAUGGCGGACAUUCUAUUUUAUUGGUCUGUAUGUUCAAACAAAUAAUAUAGAAACGCUAAUGCUUCUGCUUCUUUCUAUGAGGUGAAGUUAACAUUGGAGUAAAUGCAUUUUGGUUCAAGAAUUUAUAUUUUUGGACGCAAUCGAAAACCCGGUACAAGCGUGUUUGUUUAAUUUCAAAGCAUAUAUAAGUCGCAAUCGAUUUCAUGCAAGUAGCCUACAUUUACCUAUCUAUAUCUUAUAGAUUGUGCAUAUACAAGUAUCCCUCCUGUUAAUGCUGGGCACAGAUAUGCCAUUUUCCAUCACUAUCGUCCCGCACUUCAAGAAUAUUAUCAGGAAAAACUCCCCCCCCCCUCGAAAUAGCUAAAAAUAUUUCUUGUUGCCUUUCAUUUUAAAUUCGUAUUUGUAACGCUAUUUCUGUACGUCGCCCUUCAUAAACGUCUAAUUACUGAAACUUUCUUCACUUUACUAUACAGUAGAUGAAGGAACCGUCCACAUAAAAGACUCUAUCAAUGCACGUUUUACAAGGGAUACAAGAAACAACAAUCACGUAACUAUGUUUUUAAAGUGGACCGAUGUUACUUGGAAAAAUGCCAAGAAAAUCACGUAUUUUAAAGUUCAGAUAAGUAAUGGCAGGUCGCUGAUCUUGAAAGAAUAUGUUAGCGCAUUCUCCAAUGUAAGUGAUCGGUCGACAAUGAACUACCUUACCGCUGUUUAACGCUGAUCAUUUUCUAAUUAAUUAACGGACAUGUAUUAGUAUAUAGGUGUGUCAUUUACGAGUAGGUGCAAGUUGUUGAAAAUCCCAAUGCUAAAAAUAUUUCCUCAUCCGGCUGCUUCUCCCCCCCCC